UCGCGGCACGCUGGCCGCCGCGCCUGUAACAAUACACACACCCUGUACAACGUGUUCGCGUCCUGCUUACAGAUACAUGCUCGCACACACGUAGCUCAUCGUUUAGGCGCAUCCCCCGUUGUCGUUACUAUUGUUGCUUGGUGUGCUGAAAAUCAUUUUUUUUUUUUUUUUCUUUUCCAUUAUCUUUCUGUGCGCGUCCGAAUAUGCAUUUGCCCGUAUGGGUAUUCGCGAGAAACUCGUGCGUGAGUAAAGGAUAUAAAUGAUAGCAGUGCGUGGAGCCCGUCAUUGAAAAAGUGAUUGGUAUUACAAUAAGCAUACAUAUAUACAGUGUGUUCCCUUCCGCGAGUGCGCGCGCGUUUGCACCAACGUAUUCACGUAACGCGUAACAUAAACACCUAUAGUGUCUCGCGUGCGAUGCGCGCCGAUCUGUGAGCUCGAACGAGCCAUAUAUACAGCAGCAGCGGUAGUAGCGGAAGAGCAUACCGAUCAAUCGGCAGGCAUCGUCCAACCAUGCGAUCCUUGCUCGGAGUGCUGGUGGUGCUGGUCGCCCUGCUCCCGGACGGCGCGCUGAGCUUCCACGUGCGCGGUCGCGAGGCCCGAGCUGGCAAGAACAACAACAACAACAAUGGGCCCUCGCGCGAGGAGCUCGAGGCGCUGGAGGACCCGCUGGUGGUGCGGACGACAAGUGGCCUGAUGCGCGGGUCCGUCCGAACGAUAGACGACCGCGAGGUACACGUCUACCUGGGCGUGCCGUUCGCCAAGCCCCCGGUUGGGAGGCUGAGGUUCCGCAAGCCCGCCCCCAUGGAUCCUUGGCCGGGGGUGUUGAACGCCACGCAGAUGCCCAACAGCUGCAUACAAGAGCGAUACGAGUACUUUCAGGGCUUCGACGGCGAGGAGAUGUGGAACCCGAACACCAACGUCAGCGAGGACUGCCUCUACAUGAACAUCUGGGUGCCCAAGAAGGUCAAGCUGAGGCACAAGGGGGGCGGCGAGACGCCGGGGGAGGGUGGCAUGCCGAUUUUGGUGUGGAUAUACGGGGGCGGGUACAUGACCGGUACGGCGACCUUGGACGUGUACGACGCUGACAUAAUGGCAGCGAAGAGCGACGCGAUCAUAGCGUCGAUGCAGUACAGGGUGGGGGCCUUUGGCUUUCUCUACCUGAAGGAGUACUUCGAGGGUGGGGCUACGACGGAGGACGCCCCAGGCAACAUGGGCCUGUGGGACCAAGUAAUGGCCCUCAAGUGGCUCAAAGACAACGCGCGGCUCUUUGGCGGGGAUCCCGAGUUGAUAACGAUAUUCGGGGAGUCGGCGGGCGGUGGCUCGGUGUCCCUCCAUCUGAUGUCACCGGUGACCAAGGGCUUGGUGCGCCGGGGUGUCCUGCAGAGCGGAACCCUCAACGCGCCCUGGAGCUACAUGACAGCGGAGAAGGCGAGCGAGGUGGCGCGCAUACUCGUCGAGGAUUGCGGGUGCAACUCGACGAUGCUCGAGGACAGUCCGGGAGCUGCGAUGGCGUGCAUGAGGGCCGUGGACGCUAAGACCAUUUCGGUCCAGCAGUGGAACAGCUACGGGGGCAUCCUCGGCUUUCCGUACGCGCCGACGAUUGACGGGGUGUUUUUGCCGCAGGAUCCGAUCGAGUUGCUGCGCGAGGCCGAUUUCAACAAGACCGAGAUCAUUAUUGGGAACAACGAGAACGAAGGAACGUAUUUCAUACUGUACGACUUUAUUGAGUACUUCGAGAAGGACAAUCCAACGGCACUGGACCGCAGCAAGUUCACUCAGAUUAUCAACACGAUAUUCAAAAACAUGACCAAGAUUGAGCGAGAUGCCAUAGCCUUCCAGUACACAGACUGGGAAAAUCCAAAAGACGAUUACAUAUACCAGAGGGCGAUAGCCGACAUAGUGGGUGACUACUUUUUCAUCUGUCCAUCCAUCUACUUCGCCCAGCUAUUCACCGAUCGUGGCAUGAAGGUCUACUAUUACUACUUCACUCAGAAAUCGAGCACGAACCUGUGGGGAGACUGGAUGGGCGUGAUGCACGGUGAUGAGAUAGAGUACGUGUUCGGGCACCCGCUCAACGACAGUCUCACGUACAAGGAGAACGAGCGCGAGCUCGCGCUCAAGAUGAUCAAGUCCUACUCGAACUUCGCCAAGUACGGUAAGCCAACGCUGGAGGAGAGCGAGUGGCCGCCUUACACGAGGGACGACCCGUACUACUACAUUUUCAACGCCGAGAAAAACGGCAUGGGCAAGGGACCCCGGCUGACCGCCUGCGCGUUUUGGAACGACUUCCUGCCACGGCUAAAAGGAGUACCAGACCCAACUCCGGAAGUCUGCAGUGGCGCAGUGACGUCCAACAUAUCUGCAGGAGCUGUAGGCUUACGGGGCAGUUGCUCGCUAACAGUGACAGCGUGGAUGGCCCUGUUGAGUCCACUGGUACUGCUCCGAGCCAGGCCCGUUGCGUGGAACAUCUAGACACAUCAAGUUUAGUCCUGCUGUUGAACCUUGCAAGCUGACCGUCACACGAAAGGAGAAUGACGAGGAGUAGCGUCGCGCUGGCUCGCGAUAGAGGUGUUGGGCGUUGGUGGAGGGGGGUACUGGGAACGCUCUGAGGCGAGAUCGAAGGGAUAGUGUGGAACGAGGAUCGGAGGAGUCCUGUAGGGAUGAGACAUUAUUCAAAGAUGUUUUUGCGCAAUGUGUUACUGUUUUGCCUCUUUUUCGCGUUAUUCAACCACAUGAAACUGUUGCUGUUACUCCUGUUGUUUCCACUUAUUUCAUCUUUUUCGUAUUUAUGGAUAAAAUUUCCGACGCAUCAAAUCUAAUAUGACGUGUUGCUUGUUCGUAAUGUGGAAAAAUUAAUGGUCUUUUUUUUCAAUAUUUACGAGAAACUGGUCGGUGGAACAUUUACAUCGAAUCGGGAUGAAAUAAAAAGAAGCAUCCAGAAUGAGUUACGAAGGAAAAAGAUAUUCCAAAUUGACGUAGUGGUAGAGCGCUUUUUUUUUCUACAAUAAGAUAACACAGGUUGCCGGGUCAUUUUUCAUUUUUUUUCGUAUGUACACGUAUAUACAUACCAAAGUUACAUUGGCCUGCGGGAACCAAAACAACACUUGCUUACUGUCACGGAAAAUUGAUCGACACGAGGGACGAUCAAACAACAUUUCGUCCGAUGACGAAUCACCGGAGGUAAUUAAUCACGCGAUCUGCCUCCCCCCGCGCGUACGCAUACGCAGGCCGCGAGCAUCGUCUGCCACACUUACACCGUGCGAUUCCAUUUAUCAGUUUUCAAUUUACGUCUAAAUCACGCUAAACUAUCGUCCUCCCGAACGACUCUUCUUAUUAUUUCGGAUCAGCCGAGCUCGAGAUAAGUCAUCUGCACAACGACUCGUGGUGAAGAGCUUCGGAUUCCCAAUGGUAAUCCUUACGGAAAUCGCAGGAGUUCCGAUACUGACUUACGCGAAAUAUAUUUCACUGUACUUUCUCAUUUCUCUCUCUAUUCUGUUUCCAUGACUGUAACAACAGCAACAGCACGUAAUUGGGUUGAUACGUGGUAACAAGUGUCUGGAGAAUCAUCUCCCUUGGACAGUUUCUCCCUCCUCUGUACAUCAUGCUUCAACUUUUCUCGCCUCUGCGUGCUUUACGCGUGCAAUCAACGAAUUUCCCUUUGCCACUCACGAACCGAUGAACACAGCUAAGAACAAAAAAAACAUAAACAAAGCACGCGUGGACGUGUAUAUGCAAUGUAACAAUAAUGACACGCUCUUGAGUGCUCUAUAUGAAUAACGCGAGUGCUCGUUGUAAAACAAACGAACGAUCGCAGCCUAAAUGUGUAUAAUCAGUCGCCCAAGGCGAUCCGAUUUGUUUUGGAGCAUAAUGAAAAUAAUAAUUAUUAUUAUAAUAAAUAUGUCAUAUUAAAUUUAAGCGGCAGGACAAAAGAUUACAUUAUGAGGUAUUGUUAAAGUCAACCACCGUAAUGAUACAUAAAAUGUGUGAGUUAUGAAGAAAUAAAGAAAAAAUCAUUAUCACUUGGUACACGUAUGUACGAUCUGAUUUAAAAAUAAAAUAAAACAGUUGUACCGUAAACAAUAGAAAUCGUCAUCAUCAUUAGUAGAGUGCGUCUGUGCACAAAGAUGAUCGGCUGAUACGUUCACGACUUUAGAUUUUAUUGUUACGCGAUUACUCGUAAUAUUGUGAUUAAUUUAACGGAAAAAGCCUUCGUUGUUUACAGGACAUGUUAUUUAUUUACUUUUUUUUCGUCAAUUUGGGUUGUUGACAACAUUUUACAUAAAAUAAACACACACAAAUCAUACCAAAAAAGAUAUAUACAUACCAUCGAUCGUCAAGUUAAAAGAAACGUUACGUUGUAUAUGUUCUCAUGGUACAUUAUUAAUAGAAACGUAGCCAAAAAAGUUGGUUAAAAAAGAGAAAAAGCGCAAGGUCAGUAGUAGGAUAAAAAUGAAAAAUCAAAAAAAAAAAAAAA